AGGACUGGUGAGUGGCACGAGGGAAGGGGCCAAGGGAAAGAGGGAGAGGGUAGGGUUGGAGGGGCAGCAACAAGUGGUGCUGCUGGACUCGCCUCUGGAGUACAAGAAGGGCGACAACCAGACGAAUGUUGAACUCUUGAAGGAGGAGGACUGGAAGGGGGUGGUGGGGGAGAGGGAGAGGGUGGGGAGAGGAGGGGUGGUCCAGCAUCAGUUAGUCGUGCUGCUGGACUCGCCCCUGGAGUACAAGAAGGGCGAGAACCAGACGAACGUGGAGCUGCUGAAAGAAGAGGACUGGGAGCAGUUGUUGAAGAUGGAGGAGGAGUACAUAGCAGGCCUGUGUCGCCACCUCCUCUCCCACACGCCCUCACUGCCCCUCGUGUGCUCUGUACUUGCCCUCUCUACCACCGCUUUUCCACAUGGCAGGGAGCAGCUGUUGAAGAUGGAGGAGGAGUACAUAGCGGGUCUGUGUCGCCACAUAGCAGCAUUCAAGCCCGACCUCGUCAUCACGGAGAAGGGCCUCAGCGACCUUGCAGCACACUACCUCUCCAACCAUUCGUCGGCUACGCAACACCGAGUGGAGGAGCUGCAGGAGAGCCACGUGGGGACAGGCGCAGGGCUGUUUGAAUUCAAAUGGCACCCGUGCUUGUCUGCUCCUCCUCCCCUGCUCCAUCCCUCCUCCCCUGCUCCAUCCCUCCUCCAACCCUCACCUUAUGGCGUCCAAACAAAAGUCGCCUUCCUAAUUCCCCCUCUCCCCCAUCCCCCCUUUUCCCCACCCAGAGCGGGCAUCGCAGCCAUCAGGAGGCUGCGCAAGACCGAUAACAACCGCAUAGCUCGUGCGGUGGGCGCGACGAUUGUGAACCGGGUGGAGGAGCUGCAGGAGAGCGACGUGGGGACGGGCGCGGGGCUGUUUGAGGUGCGCAAGAUGGGCACCCGUGCUCCUCUGUUUCCCCCUUUCUCCAACACCUACCUUUCCCUCCCGCUUCCCUCCACUCCACCCAGAGCCGGCAUCGCAGCCAUCAGGAGGCUCCGUAAAACUGACAACAACCGCAUCGCCCGUGCAGUGGGGGCUACAAUUGUGAACCGAGUGGAGGAGCUGCAGGAGAGCGACGUGGGGACGGGCGCGGGGUUGUUUGAGGUGCGCAAGAUCGGCGACGAGUUCUUCGCGUUCCUCGUGGAGUGCAAAGAGCCCAAGGCGUGCACUGUGCUGCUGCGCGGGGCCAGCAAGGAUAUCCUGAAUGAGAUGGAAAGAAACCUGCAGGUGAGGGAUCUGCCGGUGAGGAGGUGUGGGAAUGGGUGGAGUGGGGUGAAGGGAAUGCAGUUGUUGCAAGGGAAGGGAAGGUGCAAGCAGCCCAAGGCGUGCCCCGUGCUGCUCUGGGGGGCGAGCCGUGGAGGGGCCCGUGCCGUGGAGGGGCAGUCCACCAAAGGGGCACCUUUUGUUGGCGCGCAAUGUGGUGGUGGAGUGGACCCUCGCCUUGUACCAGGGGGCGGUGGUGGUACCUGUUUAUGUGCCUGUGCUGCACACACCACACGUCAUCACACCAUGUUCCCAUUCGUUGCCUCUGCCCAUCCCUACCCCUCAGGACGCCAUGGGAGUGGCGCGCAAUGUGGUGGUGGACCCUCGCCUUGUGCCAAGGGAGAAGGGGGAGGGGGACUCCUGCACACCACACACCACCACAUUUCACCGCCACACCAUCUCCCUCUCCUUCUCUUCCCCACCCCCCAGGACGCCAUGGGAGUGGCGCGCAAUGUGGUGGUGGACCCUCGCCUCGUGCCGGGAGGUGGUGCCGUGGAGAUGACUGUGUCGGCUGCUCUCAAGGACAAGGCCGGCACUGUGGCAGGCAUUGAGCAGUGGCCAUACCGGGCGGUGGCAUCGGCCUUUGAGGUCAUCCCGCGCACACUGGCGCAGAACUGUGGAGUGAGCGUCAUUCGCACCGUCACUGCUCUGCAGGCCAAGGUGGGCGGCAGGGCGAGGUGGGUGGCAGGGCAAGGUGGGCGGCAGGGCGAGGUGGGCGACAGGGCAAGUUGGGCGUCAGGGCAAGGUGGGCGGCAGGGCGAGGUGGGCGGCAGGGCAAGGUGGGCGGCAGGGCAAGGUGGGCGGCAGGGCAAGGUGGGCGGCUGGGCAAGGUGGGCGGCAGGGCAAGGUGGGCGGCAGGCCAAGGUGGGCGGCAGGGCAAGGUGGGCGGCAGAGCAAGGUGGGCGGCAGGGCAAGGUGGGCGGCAGGGCAAGUGCUGUGGGGGGGGCUGGGGGGGAGGGCAUUGGCGGUGAUACGGGUGCGCUCACUGACAUGAAGGAGCUCGGGGUGAAUGGUGGAGGAGGGAGGUGGGGGAGAGAGGUGGGGGAAAGAGGUGGGGGAGAGAGGUGGGGGAGAGAGGUGGGGGAGAGAGGUGGGGGAGAGAGGUGGGGGAGAGCAAAAGCGCAAGAGGAGGUGGUGUGGCAUGCAUGCCUCUGCAUGUUUCCCCGUGAUGGUGCGCUGCACAGUUUCCUCUUCUCCUCACGCCCCUUCCUCCUCUCCUCACGCCCCUUCCUCCUCUCCUCACGCCCAUUCCUCCUCUCUUCACACCCCUUCCUCGUCUUCUCACACCUCUUCCUCGCUCCACUCUGCCACCCGCUGCCUUCCUGCCAGGUGUGGGAGACGUAUGCAGUGAAGGUGUGGGAGCCGUAUGCAGUGAAGGUGCAGACGGUGAAGACGGCCAUAGAGGCGGCGUGCAUGGUGCUGCGCAUCGAUGACAUCGUCAGCGGGCUCAAGAAGAAGCAGGCGGGCGGCAUGUGUGCGGUGUGGGAGCCGUAUGCAGUGAAGGUGCAGACGGUGAAAACAGCGAUCGAGGCGGCGUGCAUGCUGCUGCGCAUCGAUGACAUCGUCAGUGGGCUCAAGAAGAAGCAGGCGGGCGGCGCACCGGGAGGGGGCAAGCCACAGCUCGACACCGGGGAUGACGUUGACUCGGAGCAGAUGCUGGCCGACCUUCUCGGCAUCGACGCGAGCGAUCUGCUGUCGCAAUCUCCUUGGUUCCUCCGGGCCGGCUCGUCUCCUUUCGUGAUCAUGGACCGGCGCUUCGGGCGGCUGUACGGGCUUGGCGCCGCCGCACUCCUCGUUGCCAUCAGCUUCCUCGCGACCCACCCCAGCGCCGCUGUUGAAAUCGCGUUGGGAGUGUGGGUGAGUGCUGGAGUGUGGGUGAGUGGUGGAGUGUGGGUGAGUGCUGGAGUGUGGGUGAGUGGUGGAGUGUGGGUGAGUGCUAGAGUGUGGGUGAGUGGUGGAGUGUGGGUGAGUGCUGGAGUGUGGGUGAGUGGUGGAGUGUGGGUGAGUGCUGGAGUGUGGGUGAGUGCUGGAGUGUGGGUGAGUGGUGGAGUGUGGGUGAGUGCUGGAGUGUGGGUGAGUGCUGGAGUGUGGGUGAGUGCUGGAGUGUGGGUGAAUGCUGGAGUGUGCUUCCUCGCGACCCACGCCAGCGCUGUUGAUGUGACGUUUACAACACGUGCUUUGGUGAGUGCUGCACUCAUGAGUGCUUUGGUGAGUGCUGCACUCAUGAGUGCUUUGGUGAGUGCUGCACUCAUGAGUGCUUUGGUGAGUGCUGCACUCAUGAGUGCUUUCGUGAGUGCUGCACUCAUGAGUGCUUUCUGCAAGGAAACUCUGGGCGCAAGCGCAAGGCCAAGAAGCAGAGGCGCACCUUCUCCACAGCACCUCCUUUCAUCUGCUUUCCCCUGUCCCGCCCUCCCCACAGGCCCCCUACUGCGGACGACGCUGGAGCUGCAGGGCCCCAGCUCUGGGCGCAAGCGCAAGUCCAAGAAGCAGAGGCUCACGUUCUCCACCGAUGCGCCGGCAGAUGCGAUCGGUGGCACCAUCGCGUGCACGGACCUGACCUCCAGCAUCGGCGGCAACACCAAGGCCACUGUGGUGUGGAGAGUCGCGAAGCUCGCUGGAGCUGAAAACGGCAUGUGCCAGAGCCUCACGUUCUACUCCGGCCCCGGCUGCUCGGGCCAGCCGGGCCUGACGAUCGCACGCCCUGCAAUGAAGGGCCUUGCCUACCCCUGCGAUGAAGGGCCUUGCCUACCCCUGCGAUGA